AUGGCCCGGGCCGCUGGGAAUUUUUCCUCCUACUACUUAUUAGCCGUCCGAUUUCGGGCGCCGAUCCGAACCGUCCAGCUUUCCUCCUCUCCAACGCCGCCGCGCGCGCGCCGGCGCACAAGUCAAACCCAUUGGAUCCGGUUUUUUCCACUCGAGAGCACGGUUCCCCUGCUUGCCGCCAUGGUGAUCUCCGCCCCUCUCUGCCACGGCUUCCUGCCCUUCCCCGCAGUCGCCAAGGACUCCUCUGCGCGCUCCAGGAGGCGGAGGCUGGUCCUCGCCGCCGGCUGCCGCUGCGGUCCAGUCGCUGCCGCGGCGACGGACGCGGCCCCUGCGGCCGAUGCCGCCCGCGUCGCCAGGAGGAGGUGCGAAUGCUUUGAUCUCCAUCAGCAGAUGGUUCCCUUCGCUGAAUCAUGGGCUAGGCAGAAGUCCAUUGUUAAGAGGAGGAAAGGGCUGGUAGACAGCGACGAGGAUCACGCGGACACCUUGAUCGCCCUGCAACAUCCACCCGUUUAUACACUGGGCACCGGCAGCAGCGAGGAGUUCCUCCAUUUCGACGUACAAGAUUCUCCUUAUGAGAUUCAUCGUAUUGACCGUGGCGGGGAGGUUACAUAUCAUGGUCCUGGACAGCUUGUCAUGUACCCGAUUAUCAAUUUGCGGUAUCACGAGUUGGAUCUUCACUGGUACCUUAGGUCACUGGAAGAUAUGAUCAUCCGUGCCCUUCACUCCACAUUUUCUAUUAAGGCUUCAACAGUAAAAGGCCUCACUGGUGUCUGGGUUGGGGAUCAGAAAGUUGCAGCUAUUGGAAUCCAUUGCUCACGAUAUAUAGUAUAUCAUGGCCUUGCUCUAAACGUCACAACUGACUUAGCCCCUUUUGAACGUAUCGUUCCCUGUGGCAUAAAGGACCGCCGCGUUGGGAGCAUUGAGGGGAUAUUACAGAAGAAUUCCAGUGGAAGGGAACUUAAUGAUGCAGAACUGAUGGAUAUAGCUUAUGAGUCGUUGAUUAAAGAGUUUGCUGAGAUUUUCCAGCUCUCUCUAGAACCCAGCACUGAUUUGUAUCUCCAGCCAAGAUAAUGUUAUCAAUUAACUGCAGAAUACAUUACUAGAGUACUGGAAUCACACUUCACCGAAGAAGUUGGGAACAAAUACAAGCAUAUUAUAGCAGCGGCAAGCUAGCUUUAUUCGAAACUGCAAUCUCCUUCAGUCCAAUAGUUGCAGAACUAGCAAUACGGGUGCAUGAAUUCAGGCUUUUGCUUCACCUGCAAAUUCAGUCACAAGAGACGUUUCAGCAAAUCUGACAGUUGUUUGUGGCGCUGGACAGAUGAGAGAAAUUCAAGCAAAAGCAAAUGACCUUCUUUGGCUGUCGAAGUCGAUCCUAAUGCCUUGGCGUCAACACCUGGCCACUCCUUGCAGGUGCAGUGCUUCCCUUUCUCAAUGCCGUCAUAGAUGGACUUGACGUGUUGGCCACAUCCCUUCCAGGUGAACUUGCCGCACUUGUCGCACUCCACCUUAUAGCACAUCUUGUAGUGUUCUUCUUCAGGUGCUCCCUGAACCCCUGUGUUGGUAAGUGUAGUUAUGCUGUUCUGGACUAGAUGGUGCCUCCGUCCGGUCUCCAUGGAUCCAGCAUUUAUAGGAACAGCCUGGUGUGGAUAAGUUCUAUGUGUGGUCCAGCGCUAUUGGUGGAGGAAACAAAGUUCGGAUAAGUCGUGUAAUUUUGCAGCUUGUAAAACCCUUGUAGGUAUCACCAAUGCUGUGGCAAAAACAAGUCUGUGUACUCUUGUGUC